UCGAGUGCAUAGUCGCUUACUGCCAGGCAAACAGUUCACGGUGAAUUUUUACCUUACAAAAGACUUCAAUUAAGAUCGAAGUGACGAAAUUGGAUCGAGUCCGUUUGGGAAAGAUCGAUCGAAUUGCUCCUCUGUUAAUUGAGUCCGAGAGUGCGAGACAAUCGAAGUGAAGCGAACGAAACUAAAAUUGUGAAUUAGUGCUUUUAGAAAUCUUUUCUGGAGUUAGUGAAGAACUGAUGAAGGAUUGAAGCAAACUGAUCACAAGUUAGUUCAAAGUCAACGAAGUUAUUUGACAGUGAAGUGAACUCUGGUACAUAAGUUUUUUAAAGAGAAAAUAAAUCUAUCAUUCAAGUUCAGAAAUGAAACUAUUUAUCGCAGUGAUGGUAGUAAUCUCGGUGGUGCAGGCGUUAUCCAUCGACGAUCGCACCCUGGAAGUCAACGUCAACGUCGAGAAGAACUCAAACUCUUACUUCCAAAGCAAAAUCAACGACGGCUCUUUCCAGUAUGGAUUGGAUGUUGAGAAACCGGUAGACCAUCACUUCCAGCAUAAGGUCAAAGGUCCGGACGGUGUCACGUACGGAUGCUACGGAUUCGUAGAUCCCGAUGGCAAGCCCCACCUGACACACUACGUCUCGGAUGUGAAGGGCUAUCGAGUGGUCCCUCCGGAUUCUGCCACCAAGAUCUACAUCGCCCGGUUGGAGAAGAGCAUCAAUAACGUCUAUCAAGCCUCGCAAGAGAAGAACGUCCAGUGGAAGGAUCUGUUCUUCCCACCGGCUUGCAGAACUCUCUACACGGAACUUUCCACCAAGGCCACCGUCACGCAACGUCCAACGACCCAACGUCCCACCACUCCAGCACCAGUUCAGUUCGAGCCGGAUUUCGGAGGCAGCAGCGUGCACGAGUCCAUCGUUCCCCAUGACAACGGUGCACCGGCUUGUUCGCAGGUUUGCUAUGAACUCAAGGGGGAACUGCAGGAAAUCAAGUCCAAGCUGAAAACGCUUAUUGAUAGUUUGGCACGGAAGGAAGCGGAAGGAGGUCAGCAGAAGUUCGCUGGAGGAAAUGAAACCUAUGCCUACUUUCCGGUUAUGCUGAGUAAUAGUCUUCCAGCGGGGGCCACACCCGGACAGAUUGCGAUGCCGCCAUUCCGGUGUGGAGGACAAUGAAGGAGCUGUGAAGCAAUAAUAGUCGAUAUCGGCGAUUGUGAUCCAAGUCAGGUGGAGUGAAAUGUAAAUAGUUAGAGUAAGACUCUAGUUUUAGGUCGAAUGAAUGGGAAUUUGUAUGAGUGCUUAGGCUAGACCUCUAGAUAUAAUAACUUAACUGAAUAAUAAAAGACUCAAUCAAUUAA